AUGCUAUCUCAGAUUGAGCUGAAAACAGCACCUGUUGAUUUUCGAUUCCCUACAACAAAUCAAACUAGGCACUGUUUCACGCGUUACAUUGAGUUUCAUAGGUGUGUGGCAGCAAAGGGUGAAGAAUCAAAUGAAUGUGAGCGAUUUGCCAAAUAUUACCGCUCUCUUUGCCCGGGUGAAUGGGUAAGUACUUCUUAG